CAGCAACAGCGGAGUCCAAUGCAAGGCAUGAAAGUUUAAAUGAGGGAUGUUCAUUGGAUCGACUGUAAGUGUCGUUGACUCGUACAUACGUGGUGCGAUAUUGAGUUGUGAUCAUUGCGUGUACACUUUUUGCAUUCAAGUCAGAUAAAGAAUGAGUGAGCAGAAAAGCGGAGAGGAUUUGGCGACGGCAAUUCUUCGAAAGAAGGAUAAGCCUAACAGAUUAUUGGUUGAUGAGGCUAUCGCAGAUGAUAAUUCUGUUGUGGCUUUAUCUCAAGCAAAAAUGGAUGAAUUACAACUAUUUAGAGGAGAUACGGUAUUGCUGAAAGGCAAACGACGUAAAGAAACAGUAUGCAUUGUACUUUCUGAUGAUAACUGUCCAGAUGAAAAAAUUCGUAUGAAUCGUGUUAUCAGAAAUAACUUAAGAGUACGUUUAAGUGACGUUGUUUCUGUACAAGCAUGUCCAGAAGUUAAAUAUGGGAAACGUAUUCAUGUGCUGCCAUUGGAUGAUACCAUGAUUGGUCUUACAGGAAAUUUGUUUGAAGUAUAUUUAAAGCCAUACUUUCUGGAAGCAUAUCGUCCUAUUCAUAAAGAUGACAAUUUCAUUGUACGCGGUGGUAUGCGUGCAGUAGAAUUUAAAGUUGUAGAAACAGAUCCUGGGCCAUUCUGUAUCGUUGCACCAGAUACAGUGAUUCAUUGUGAAGGUGAUCCCAUUAAGAGAGAGGAGGAGGAAGAAGCAUUAAAUGCAGUGGGUUAUGAUGACAUUGGUGGGGUUCGCAAACAGUUAGCUCAGAUUAAGGAAAUGGUAGAAUUACCUUUGCGACAUCCAUCUUUAUUCAAAGCUAUUGGUGUCAAACCACCACGUGGUAUUCUUUUAUAUGGCCCACCUGGUACAGGAAAAACUCUUAUCGCUCGUGCUGUGGCAAAUGAAACAGGCGCCUUCUUUUUCCUUAUCAAUGGUCCUGAAAUCAUGAGUAAACUUGCUGGAGAAUCCGAGAGUAAUUUAAGAAAAGCUUUUGAAGAAGCUGAGAAGAAUUCACCAGCUAUAAUUUUCAUAGAUGAACUUGAUGCUAUUGCUCCAAAAAGAGAAAAGACACACGGAGAGGUAGAAAGACGUAUUGUAUCUCAACUGCUUACCUUGAUGGACGGUAUGAAACAGAGUUCUCAUGUUAUCGUUAUGGCUGCUACUAAUCGCCCUAACAGUAUCGAUGGAGCAUUACGUCGUUUCGGACGUUUUGACAAAGAAAUUGAUAUUGGUAUACCUGAUGCGACUGGUCGCUUAGAAAUUUUAAGAAUUCAUACUAAAAAUAUGAAGCUUGCCGAUGACGUUGAAUUAGAAGAGAUCGCAUCGGAAACUCAUGGUCACGUUGGAGCUGAUUUAGCUUCAUUAUGUUCUGAAGCAGCGUUACAACAAAUUCGUGAGAAAAUGGAUCUCAUUGAUCUAGAAGAUGAUCACGUAGAUGCUGAAGUUUUAUCUUCUCUUGCUGUUACUAUGGAUAACUUCAAGUAUGCAAUGACUAAGAGCAGUCCAAGUGCUUUGCGAGAAACCAUCGUGGAAGUUCCAACUGUUACAUGGGAGGACAUUGGCGGUUUACAAAAUGUUAAAAUGGAAUUACAGGAAUUGGUACAGUAUCCAGUUGAACAUCCUGAGAAAUUCUUGAAGUUUGGUAUGCAACCGUCGCGAGGUGUAUUAUUCUAUGGGCCUCCAGGUUGUGGUAAAACAUUGUUGGCUAAAGCGAUAGCCAAUGAAUGUCAAGCGAAUUUUAUUUCUGUAAAGGGUCCAGAAUUGCUAACCAUGUGGUUCGGUGAAUCUGAAGCCAACGUCCGGGAUGUUUUCGAUAAGGCAAGAUCAGCAGCUCCUUGCGUAUUAUUCUUCGAUGAACUCGAUUCUAUCGCAAAAUCUCGCGGUGGCACGGUAGGAGAUGCCGGAGGAGCAGCGGAUCGUGUUAUAAAUCAAAUUCUAACCGAAAUGGAUGGAAUGGGAGCAAAGAAAAACGUCUUCAUCAUAGGAGCUACUAAUCGGCCUGAUAUCAUCGAUCCUGCUAUUUUACGACCUGGUAGAUUAGACCAGUUGAUCUAUAUACCACUGCCAGAUGAGAAAUCACGCGAAGCAAUUUUCAAAGCCAAUCUGCGAAAAUCGCCUGUAGCUAAGGAUGUAGAUCUAAGCUAUAUAGCUAAAGUAACGCACGGUUUCUCGGGUGCCGAUAUAACAGAAAUUUGUCAACGCGCGUGUAAGCUCGCUAUAAGGCAAAGCAUCGAAACUGAACUUCGAAGAGAAAAGGAACGUGCCAAUAAUCCAUCUGCAUCUAUGGAUAUGGACGAAGACGAUCCCGUGCCAGAAAUAACCAGAGCUCAUUUUGAGGAAGCGAUGAGGUUCGCUCGACGUUCGGUGUCCGACAAUGAUAUUCGUAAAUAUGAAAUGUUUGCACAAACGCUUCAACAGUCGCGUGGAUUUGGAACUAAUUUUAGAUUUCCGCAAGGCGGUACAAGCGGUACUCAAGAUACAACGCAAGGUGAUCAAACCUUCCAAGACGAUGGUGACGAUGAUCUUUAUAGCUAAGUCUUCGUGUCUUUAUACCUCAUUACAGUGAGCAUACGACAAAAGGGCCUGUUUCUGUUUUCUAUAAAACACUUUGUGUUUACGAACAGAAAUUUUUCAGAGAACUAAUUUUAAGAAAUUCAAAAACUGUGAGAAUACGAAUUUCUAUAUUAGAAUUAAAUAUUCUAUGAAUGUGCAUGCAAUUCUUUUUUAUAUAACGCAAUUGGGGCAGAAUUUUCAAUAAGGUAAGAUCAAAAAAGAAUUUUCAAUUUAAGCUGUAUCUGAUACGAAAACUGAAAGAAUGAAAUAUAACAAACACGAUGCAUUUUA